AUGACGCUCAUAGUAACUCUUUUGAAUACGCUCUCCACACAAGUCCAACUAUGGCUUCUAUACCGGCUCUCAGGCGCAGACACCAGCACUACAUCUGUCACAACCAUUACCUCGAAAGUACCACCAGUCGCAGCCGAGGAGAAAAUCGAUAGCAACGACCCAUCUCCCCUCACGUCGCCCUUUGCUAAAGAUCUUGUUGAUAGAACCAACAAACUAUUCACAGCUCCAACUGAAGGGGUCGCUUCAAACGGACAAAGGAAAGAGAAUGCCCCUCCCACGCAUGGCAAUCACAAUACUCAGCGAGACGACUCGACAAUUUCUGAGACAAUUCAAGCGCUGCCACCCUGCGUUCCACAACGCUCCAUUUCACAGCCUCUCCCAUCACGCCCUCAGCCUUCGUCGAUUUCAAUUACAGCUCCGCAGAUACCACCACUUCGCCGACACACCUCCACCGCCUCUCUUGAAUCCAUCCGCGCACUCACUACUUCUUUUCCUCCGCCAUCACCCACAGUCAGUCCCCGCAAAUCCUCCCUCCAAAUUGUUCGUCGCAAACCUGCUGCGCCGCCUUCGCCAAAGCUGCGAAAAUAUUUGGGAGGACACCCCUCGUGCGACAUGAUCUCAAUGCGCUCCGCCUCCCUCCCACCGGUUCUCGAAGCACACUCCUCAACCAUUUCCCUCGAUCACGCCUACAACCAACUCGAAGGUCGCAUCAGUAUCGAAAGCUUCCACAGUCGUAGCCUCCGCCGACGCGGUUCUUGCUCCAGCCUGCUCAGCAGCCUGUGUAGCAGCCGCAACGCAAGUGAAGAAGAGUUACGCAUCAAUGGCCCCGACUUACACGGCUACACCAAAGUCAUCCACAACCAACAAAUCAAAUUCAUCAUCGACACCUCAAGCUCCAUCUUCCCCCUCCAUACCAACUCAGACCGCUCCUCGCCACAAUGGUACGAUGGCGCAACCUCUACCGCCCCAAGCUCUAUUCACGUCGAGGACAGGAAACAAAGACGAACAGACGACACGACGCGCGCUUCAAGGAACAGCGAUGGUUCCUUGCGCGUGGAUCUAGUAAGGGACGAAGCAGUAAUGGAUGCACAGGAAAGGGUGCAUUGGAUCCGCCACGCAUACAAGGCUUGGAGGGGCGAACGACCUGGCGUGCGUGUCACGCGUGCGGUGAAGAAUGCAGAAGUCGAGGAGACUAAUCUUGAUGGGACUGGUGGGGAGAAGACGGCUGAUAUGCAGGCUGCCAAGCGGAAGAGGGCUCGGUGGAAAUAUGGAGGUAGGGAGGAAGGAGGUGAGGAAGGAGGGGGUGGGGACGGGGAGAAGAAGAAGAAUCCGCUGCCUUGGGCUAGGAUCUUCUUUGAUGGUGUUAAGGCCGGGGUGGUGGAGGGGUAUGAGAGGAUGGUAGGCUGGGUUGGGGGAAAACUUGUGGUUUGGCAGUUGAGGAGGUCUAUGAGAGGGUGUGAGAGGAAGAAGGGGACGGAAUCGGGAGAGGUAGAAAGAGGGAGAGACGUGGGGGAAGGGGCUUGA